CCAUAGUUUUUGGAGGAAAGAUAUCGUAAGUUGGUACAUUAUAUUCAGGACAUGUUCUAUCUUCACUUGAGUCGAACCAGUUCGUUAGAUAACAGGUUAUCACAAUGGCGACACCAACGGCAAUAAAGAAUCCCGAAAUUAAAUACACUCAGAUUUUGAUCAACAAUGAAUGGGUGAAUUCAGUUUCUGGAAAGACGUUCCCGACGAUUAAUCCGGCGACUGCACAAAAAAUAACCGACGUACAGGAAGGUGACAAAGCUGAUGUAGACAAGGCAGUAGCAGCAGCUAAAGAAGCUUUCAAACUCGGAUCGCCAUGGCGACGGAUGGACGCUAGUGAGAGAGGUCGGCUUCUUAACAAAUUCGCGGACCUACUGGAAAGAGACAUUGCCUAUAUUGCGAGUCUAGAAACACUCGACAAUGGAAAGCCGUUCAAAAACUCUGUCGGGGACAUCGCCUUCUCUAUCAAGUGUAUUAGAUACUAUGCCGGGUGGUCAGACAAGAACCAAGGAAAAACCAUGCCAGUCGAUGGGGACUUCUUCGCCUAUACUCGACAUGAACCGGUCGGAAUUUGCGGACAGAUUAUUCCAUGGAAUUACCCAAUGUUGAUGUUUUCAUGGAAGAUCGCGCCUGCAGUUGCUAUGGGUAACGUGGUAAUAAUCAAACCAGCGGAACAAACACCACUAACAGCAUUAUAUGCCGGAGCUCUAACCAUUGAGGCCGGUUUCCCACCUGGUGUUGUUAACAUGGUUCCAGGGUACGGACCUACGGCUGGAGCUGCAUUGACAAAACAUGCGGAUGUUAAUAAAGUUGCAUUCACAGGCUCCACAGAGGUUGGUCAGAUCAUCAUGCAGGCUGCUGGAGCUUCCAACCUGAAGAGAACAACUUUAGAACUCGGAGGGAAAAGUCCAAAUGUCAUAUUUCCUGAUGUUGAUAUUGAUUCAGUUGUGGAAUUUGCAAACGAGGCAGCGAUGACAAACAUGGGUCAAUGUUGUAUUGCGGGGUCAAGGACGUUUGUGCAUGAAGAUAUCUAUGACGAGUUUGUUAAAAAAUCUGUUGAACGGGCAAAGAGAAGGACUGUUGGUGAUCCAUGGGAUAAUCCGGAGAACGGACCUCAGAUCGACGAAGAACAGUUCAACAAGAUUCUCGGUCUAAUCAAGGCCGGACAAGAAGACGGUGCUAAACUAGAAUGUGGCGGUGGUCGUUAUGGUGAAAAGGGCUACUUCAUACAGCCGACAGUUUUCAGUGGCGUCCAAGAUAACAUGCGUAUUGCAAGGCAAGAGAUAUUCGGACCAGUUCAGAGUAUUUUCAAAUUUAAGACAAUGGAGGAAGUUUUGGAGCGGGCUAACGACACGAACUAUGGUUUGGCAGCAGCCGUGUUUACUAAUGAUAUUAACACGGCUAUGACGUACACACAGGGUGUCAAGGCUGGAACCGUGUGGGUCAAUUGUUAUGAAGUUGUUAAUCCACAAGCACCGUUUGGUGGAUUCAAGAUGUCUGGAUUAGGAAGAGAACUGGGAGAGUAUGGUCUAAGUCAAUAUACAGAAGUGAAAAAUGUCGUGUUCAAAGUUCCACAGAAGAACUCAUAAUGGAACAGUUUUAAAAAACACGUUAUAAUAUAACAUAUAAAGAAGUGCUUGAAUUAUAAAGGAAAGGAAAAGUUACUUUCAACAUGUAGCAAGUUUAUAAAAAUUAGCUUU